AUGCGCUCCUCCAAUACCGACUCUCGCUCACUGAACUGGUAUGAGUUGAUGUUAGGCACGGAACUCAGGGAGUCGACGCGCGCACCGAAACCCCGCAUAGAACUACCUGGCGAGCCAGUGCUGUACGCGCAAGGCAAGUGCAGCGCUACGUUUGAGAUCGAGUUCCGUACUCCCUCCGCUGCCCGCUCCUUUCCUACGCCAUUUAACUACGAUGCGAACGACAUCAAAGGGAAAAAGUGGACAAUCCCACUCGGCAAGUCGGACGCAGCAUUGGGAGGCGCAGAUCUUGCUGAUAGCUUCGUAUACGACUGGAGAGAAGAAAUCGGCGACAAGGACCGGGACGGACUUACAUUAUAUCCAUCGGGACUAAAAAUUCGCACGAGCCAUAAUGGGCGCAAGACAUUUGUAGCGAUACAAGGAAUGGAGCUCAAGGAUACCUCGGACUAUCUAGCUGGCUCCCUCAAGCGAACACGCCAGUAUUCCGGAAUACUCUACACUGCCACACCGCCGACCGGUGGGAGCUCCACUGCACCGAGGGUGACCAGAGCUAGGUCCCGCAAUGCCAACCCAGGUCCAGCAAAGCCCAGACGCACGAGCCGCGCAAGUUCGGACACUAAGGAUACCCAGCUUACAAAUGCCCCGUCACCACUGUCGCAGCAGGGUCCGCUGGAUGAUCACCCAACAUCUGCAGACCCCUCGAAUGAUACGCAGACACCAGUCUUGACAGUGGACCCAGCUCCGCCCACCCUUGAGCCGCCUGAGUAUCUGGACGAGUUCGGCGAUCGUGGUGACUUCAAUGAGAUGCUCUCACCGUGGGUUCCGCCGUCCCUCGGUCCAACUUAUCCUCGCUCGCCAUCAAUGUACUCGGACGCCUCGGGCACCCUGAUUGACGUUCCAUCCUACUUCCUCGAUGGAAUGGCUAGCAGCCCUGGACCAGGCGGCCCCAAUAACUCGACAAGCCCCCUCAUGUCCGAUCCUGAUAUCUCCGCCCUCAUGUCGUUCAAUCUCGCCUCCCCUGCUCCCCAACAAAAGGCCGAGCUGGUUACAGAUGCCAGCUACCAUCACAUCAGCAACAGCCAGGCCUCGGUGCCGGAACCGACGUCUUCAGAGGAGGCGGAGCAAUAUGGCGACAAGAGAUUCAGUGAGUGGUGUUCAGCUUUCGAUCAGUGA